AUGACCGACAAAGAUUAUAUCCUCUACUCCUAUUUCCGCUCCUCUUGCUCUGCGCGUCUGCGCAUUGCCCUCAACCUGAAAUCCAUUCCUUACACCAUAAUCCCAAUCAACCUCCUCAAAGACGAGCAUCUCUCCUCGUCCCACCGGGCCCUUAACCCCUCCGCCACUGUCCCGCUCCUCGUCCAUCACUCCGCCACAGACUUCAAAGUAACCCAGUCCGUCGCCGCGCUGGAGUAUCUUGAAGAAACACAUCCCUUCUUGACUUCUCUUCUACCCCAAAACCCCAAGUCCCGCGCCGUGGUUCGCAGUCUGGUAAAUAUCAUCGCCUGCGAUGUCCAGCCCGUGACCAACAUGCGCAUCAUGCGACGAGUACGAGCGCUGGGUGGAAAUGCGGAACAGUGGAACCGUGAGCUGACGGGAGAUGGAUUUUCCGCAUAUGAGGCUGUAGCGAGGGAGUGGGCGGGACGGUUUUCCAUGGGUGACGAGAUUUCAAUGGCGGAUGUGUGUCUGUUGCCGGCUUACUGGAAUGCCGAGAGGUUUGGUGUGGACUUGAGUGGCUACCCAACGAUCAGGAAAGUCGUGGAGAAUUUGAAGGAUCAUCCGGCGGUGGUGAAGGCACAUUACUUUAAUCAGCCCGACACUCCUGAUGAUCUCAGGACCAAGUAG